GGUUUUAAUGUCGACCACGUUUCGGUGGCGGACGCGCGCCUCUCGCGGUUUCUUGAAACUUUUUUUUUGUGUGCGGGCUCAAGUGUUUAGUGAUAGUGCCAAUAGAGAUAGGACUUUAUUAUUUUUUUAAGUUAAAGAGUAAGUAAAAUGACGACGGCCUCAAUCUAUAGAGUAAUGCGUUUCGAAAACUGUGAUGUGACGUAUAACAUCUAUCGAUGUCCACCUGAAGUUAUGUGACAGAUAUUGUGAAUACUUAUAGACUACUUUUAUUUAACAAUAAGUUUUAAAUGUAUACGAUAUAAUCUGUGGACGAUGCAUCUAUCGAGUGAAGUGAGUUCGACUACAAAUGGGUUAGGCCAUGAGGCGCCGUCUUCUAGUUAUGGUAACGCUUUGCCAAGUCAACCGCUGACGGCAGAGCUACUGGCAGAGAGAACGCUGGAAGGUCUGCUAGCUGAUCAUCCCGGCGAGCUAGUCAAAACCGGCUGCCCUCAUGUAGUUUGCACAGUAUUGCCACCACACUGGCGUUCAAAUAAGACGCUACCAGUGGCAUUUAAGGUGGUAGCCCUUGGCGAUGUUGGUGAUGGCACGUUGGUGACUGUGCGGGCUGGCAAUGAUGAAAACUGCUCUGCUGAAUUGAGGAAUUGUACUGCAGUGAUGAAGAACCAAGUGGCUAAAUUUAAUGACUUGAGGUUCGUCGGCAGAAGCGGUAGAGGGAAAUCCUUUACGUUGACGAUAAUGCUGGCGACGUCACCACCUCAAGUAGCAACCUAUCAAAAGGCGAUCAAGGUCACAGUAGACGGUCCAAGAGAGCCUCGCUCGAAGACCCGUCAUCAUGGAUUUCACCCCUUCCAUUUCGGUCCACGUUUCGCACCAGAUCCACUUAUGGGGUCACUACCUUUUAAAUUAUCAGGUAUAGCUCAUCAAUUAGCUGGUCUGCCCGGUGGCGAGUGGGGAGCGCUCGCUCGUCACUAUCCGCCGCCGUUACUACCUACACAUGCCCAUUUUACACCACAUGUCCUACCACCAGCGCACGCGCAACACCACACAGUCCCACCACCGCCACAUGAAACAGAUUUAGCAUCAGAUAAUCCAACUACGAUGCACCCUCACAGCACUACUAGUCCCGUGAAUUCAAGGCCAAGUUCACCGCAAGACGAUGAUGAUAUAUCGGUUACCGCUUCGAGCAGCCCGCCACCUGAUGAUCGUCCAGGAGCUUUUACCUCAGUUACGAGGCCGAGGAAACCACUUCAGCCUCUUCCAGCACCAUCUAGUCUCUUCCAUAGCGCUUUAGCAGCGCAAUUAUUCCUUAACUCGCCACUCCUUCCAACACCACCCGCUUGGUUAUACUCCCAACUCUACGGAGGCUAUGAUUGGUGGCUCAGACCUCCACCACAACAAGAUGAUUCAAAUUCAAGCCCCGAUAGAGAAGAAGAAGCUGGCUCCACAGCAUCCAGCUCGACGAAAAAAAGACCCGCCUCACCAGAAUGGACGGACCAAGGUGUUAGAACUCGCAGCAAAUCAUUAAUAACUUCAGAGCGAAGACCGGUCGACGUGUGGCGUCCGUAUUAAUAAUAGUUUAACUUGAACAAAUUACAGGAAGUGUUGUAUAGUGUUGGUGUACUGACCGUCCGGUGUGCAGGUGGACUUCAUAGUAGUGGUACGUAGAACAAAAAUGGAUACGAAUUCGAUAAAAUAGUGAUAAUUGUCGAUAGAUGUUUUUACGUUAGAUAAAUGAAUGUGAAUUUCAAAUUGUAAUGUUUUAAUUAUUGUUGAUUGUAUUAUAAUGCAAGGUCUGUAAAUAAAGUUAUUGGAGAUUUUUAA